AUGCCAACUGCCAGCGUUAUUUCCGACAUAUGUAGAGUGUGUCGGUCAGAAGGAACACCUGAGAAACCUCUUUAUCAUCCUUGUGUAUGUACUGGCAGUAUUAAGUUUAUCCAUCAAGAAUGCUUAGUUCAGUGGCUGAAACACAGUCGAAAAGAAUACUGUGAAUUAUGCAAGCACAGAUUUGCUUUCACACCAAUUUAUUCCCCAGAUAUGCCUUCGCGGCUUCCAAUCCAGGACAUAUUUGCUGGACUGGUUACAAGUAUUGGCACUGCAAUACGAUAUUGGUUUCAUUAUACACUUGUGGCCUUUGCAUGGUUGGGAGUUGUUCCUCUUACAGCAUGCCGCAUCUACAAGUGCUUGUUCACUGGCUCCGUGAGCUCCCUCCUGACGCUGCCACUGGACAUGCUGUCCACGGACAACUUGUUGGCAGAUUGUUUGCAGGGUUGUUUUGUGGUGACAUGCACACUGUGCGCGUUCAUCAGCCUGGUGUGGCUACGAGAGCAGAUCGUCCAUGGGGGAGCCCCAAUAUGGCUGGAGCAUGCCGCUCCGCCCUUCAAUGCUGCUGGGCAUCACCAGAAUGAGGCUCCAGCUGGAGGAAAUGGUGCUGAAAAUGCUGCCCCUGAGCAGCCUGCUAACCCCCCAGCGGAGAACGCGGUGGUGGGGGAGAACCCUGAUGCCCAGGAUGAGCAGGCGGAGGAGGAGGAGGAGGAGAACGAGGAGGAAGAUGACGCAGGCGGCGAGGAUGCAGCCGACGCCAACAACGCCGCGCAGGAUGACAUGAACUGGAAUGCUUUAGAAUGGGACCGAGCUGCGGAAGAGCUUACGUGGGAGCGAAUGCUAGGACUUGAUGGAUCACUAGUUUUUCUAGAACAUGUCUUUUGGGUGGUGUCUUUAAACACACUGUUCAUUCUCGUUUUUGCAUUUUGCCCUUACCACAUCGGCCACUUUUCCCUUGUUGGUUUGGGAUUUGAAGAACACGUCCAAGCAUCACAUUUUGAAGGCCUAAUCACAACCAUAGUUGGGUAUAUACUUUUAGCAAUAACAUUGAUAAUUUGUCAUGGGUUGGCAACUCUCGUUAAAUUUCACAGGUCUCGUCGCUUGCUGGGAGUCUGCUAUAUUGUUGUGAAGGUCUCUUUGUUAGUGGUGGUAGAAAUUGGAGUUUUCCCUCUCAUUUGUGGCUGGUGGCUGGAUAUCUGUUCCUUGGAAAUGUUUGAUGCUACUCUGAAAGACCGAGAACUGAGCUUUCAAUCGGCCCCAGGCACCACCAUGUUUCUGCACUGGCUGGUGGGAAUGGUGUAUGUGUUCUACUUUGCCUCCUUCAUUCUGUUACUGAGAGAGGUACUUCGACCUGGUGUUUUAUGGUUUCUAAGGAAUUUGAAUGAUCCAGAUUUUAAUCCAGUACAAGAAAUGAUUCACUUGCCUAUUUAUAGGCAUCUUCGAAGAUUUAUUUUGUCAGUGAUUGUCUUCGGCUCCAUCGUACUCCUGAUGCUGUGGCUGCCUAUACGGAUAAUCAAGAGUCUGCUGCCUCAUUUUCUUCCGUACAAUGUCAUGCUCUAUAGUGAUGCUCCAGUGAGUGAACUGUCCCUUGAGCUGCUUCUGCUUCAGGUUGUCUUACCAGCGUUACUCGAACAGGGACACACGCGGCAGUGGCUGAAGGGACUGGUGAGAGCCUGGACUGUCACCGCUGGAUACUUGCUGGAUCUUCAUUCCUACUUGUUGGGAGACCAGGAAGAAAAUGAGAACAGUGCAAACCAACAGGUUAACAAUAACCAGCAUGCUCGAAAUAACAACGCUAUUCCCGUGGUGGGGGAAGGCCUGCACGCAGCCCACCAAGCCAUACUCCAGCAGGGCGGGCCUGUCGGCUUUCAGCCUUACCGCCGGCCUUUAAAUUUUCCACUCAGGAUAUUUUUGUUGAUUGUCUUCAUGUGUAUAACCUUACUGAUUGCCAGCCUCAUCUGCCUUACUCUACCAGUAUUUGCUGGCCGUUGGUUAAUGUCAUUUUGGACCGGGACUGCCAAAAUCCACGAGCUCUACACAGCUGCCUGUGGUCUCUAUGUUUGCUGGCUCACCAUCCGGGCGGUGACGGUACUGGUGGCAUGGAUGCCACAGGGACGCAGAGUGAUCUUCCAGAAGGUCAAGGAGUGGUCCCUCAUGAUAAUGAAGACUGUGAUCGUGGCAGUGCUGCUGGCUGGGGUGGUCCCGCUUCUUCUGGGGCUUCUGUUUGAGCUGGUUAUUGUUGCUCCCCUGAGGGUUCCUUUGGAUCAGACUCCUCUUUUUUACCCGUGGCAGGACUGGGCACUUGGAGUCCUGCAUGCCAAAAUCAUUGCAGCUAUAACAUUGAUGGGUCCUCAGUGGUGGCUGAAAACUGUAAUUGAGCAGGUUUACGCAAAUGGCAUCCGGAACAUUGACCUUCAGUACAUCGUUCGGAAACUGGCAGCGCCAGUUAUCUCUGUGCUCUUGCUUUCCCUGUGUGUACCUUACGUCAUCGCGUCUGGCAUCGUUCCUUUACUCGGUGUUACUGCAGAAAUGCAAAAUUUGGUCCAUCGGCGCAUUUAUCCAUUUUUGCUGAUGGUUGUGGUGUUGAUGGGAAUCUUGUCCUUCCAGGUCCGCCAGUUUAAGCGCCUUUAUGAACAUAUUAAAAAUGACAAGUACCUUGUGGGCCAACGCCUCGUGAACUAUGAACGUAAAUCCGGCAAACAAGGCACAUCACCACCACCUCCACAGUCGUCCCAAGAAUAA